AGUUAUUAAAUUAUAUUUAUUAAUGGACACUCCUAUAGGCAAGGAUCUCACAAACACGGUUAUCGCCAAGGUUUAUAAGUUGACCAAGAGAGUAGGGAGUGGGGCUUUUGGGGAAAUAUAUCAAGUAACCAAGGGAAAGGAGGAAUACGCGAUGAAAUUGGAAAGAAGUGAUACUAAGCAUCCUCAACUAUUCUUUGAGGCCAAAUUGUACACAUAUUUACAAGGUUCCGAUCAGAGUGAUAAAGGUAUCUGCGAUGUUAAUUAAAAGUUAGGAAUCCCUAGAAUAUAUGCUUAAGGAACAGACGGUGAUUAUAAUUACAUCGUCAUUGAUUUAUUGGGUCAAAGUCUCGAAGACCUGUUCAAUAAGCACAAUAAAAGAUUAUCACUAAAGACUGUAUACAAGCUCCAAUUUAUUCCUAGGUCUUGAUGCUUGCAGAUUAGAUGAUUUAACGAAUUGAAUUCAUCCAUUUGAACAAAUUCCUUCAUCGCGAUAUUAAGCCUGAUAAUUUCCUAAUUGGAUUAGGCUAGAAGGCAGUUCGAAUCUACCUUUUGGAUUUUGGAUUAGCCAAACGCUACUCAACAAAAGAAGGACACAUCCCCUAUAGAGAGGGGAAGAGUCUAACUGGGACUGCCAGAUAUGCAUCGAUCAAUACUCACUUAGGAAUUGAAUAAUCAAGGAGAGAUGAUCUAGAAUCACUUGGUUAUGUCCUGAUGUAUUUAUUGAGAGGACAAUUGCCUUGGUAAAACAUGAAGGGGAUUAAUCAAAAAGAAAAAUAUCAACGAAUAAUGGAGAAGAAGCUAGAAACCUCUUCAGAUGUCUUAUGCAAAGGGUUCCCUGUUGAAUUAAGUUAAUACUUAAAUUAUUGCAAGUAAUUAAAAUUCGAAGAAAAACCAGAUUAUCAUUAUCUGAGAGGAUUGUUUAAAGUAUGUUACUCAGAGUAAAUUUUAGGAUGCCUUCAAAAAGAUUGGUUUUGAACCUGAUUAAAGGUACGAUUGGAUAAAGGAUGAUAAUGCAAUUAGAACUCAGCAGGAUAUGAUGAGUUCUGAAAAGAAAUAGUUACAUCAAUAAUUGAUUAUGACAUAACCAUUGCAUCAAUAACCUCCAAUCCUUCCAAAGGCAGUAUUGAAUGGAUUAGAUUCUGAGAAGAAAAUGUCCAAUUUGAACAUCUAACAAUUCAAUUCUUAAUAAUUGAUUGGACAAAGGAAAACUAUAUAAUAAUAGCAAUAGUUAAAUAAGAUCACAUCUGUGGAUAAGAGAAGAACUAGUUUUUAAAAUAAACAGCAUAUUCCCUCAUUAGAUGUAGUUAAGCCAGGAACCUAGGUGUUGGCACCAAAGAUAGUCACUUCCAAAGAACCUCACAGAAAAUAUUGAUAUUCUGC